UCAGUGCAGGGUGGUGCUUUGCAGUGUUGCUGGGGUUGUUUUGGUUUUACUUUUGAAUAGUUUGGACUUUCGUAUAAUUUGUAUCUAUUUAUGGGAGCCUUUUUGCGAUAGGAGGAUUCUAUAAUGUGGACGUCGCGGUGAGAGACAUAGAAAUCACUACUUGGUUCAUCAUUCGCAACUGAAACAUCUUGAAAAUACCAGACGGAGAACCAAAAACAUUCUUUUGGUAUGGCAUAUCGACAUGGCCGAAAAUCAUUUAUUAGAGAAGCAUAUGAAGAACACUUCUUACCAGUGGAUGGAAGAGAGGUGACAGUUCAGCGGGUUGUAAAUAUUGUCGAAAAGAGGUCCCACAUGCCACGGCCGGGAGUGGAAUUAGACAGAAGAUUUAAUGAUGAUCCAUGGUAUGGAAGUCCUCGUGAUUACCAUGAUGGAAGAGGCUAUUCUGAGGACGGCAGUUAUCCAGCGAACAAUCAACGAGGCUUUGAUGAAAAUCUCAACUUGGGCAAUUUCCGUAGAAAUUCCUCUCCCCACCAAAGUGAGGCACCGUAUUCUCAGCAGUGUUAUAGCAGAGAUGAUUUGAGGCAUCAGUUAAGCUCAAGAAAGAGUGGUCGAGGACACCCUUUUCGCAACAGAGGUCGGGGAGGCCCUACUCAAAGAAAGGACCAUGAUGAGUACAGGAACCCUCAGCCUACAGUUAUUGUGCGGGAUCGCUCUCCUGGAAGAAGGGAAGGCCAGCCGCCUCUUCGUUCUGGAUCAAACAUCAAAAACUUCUCACCUGAUGGGGACAAAAGCUACACGUAUCAGCAGGGACAGCAAAAGCAUAAACCCAAUCUGGUGACAAGCCACACUCCCAGCAGCUCUGUGGAAGGAUCUCCUCACAGUUCAGCCUCUUCAAAGGAAAAAACUUCAGCAUCUGCAGCGGAGUCGGAAGAGGCGGCGGCUGCCAGCAUGGAGCCAAAGCUGACACCAGAGCAGGACAUCAAGGCUCGCCGGUUGGAGGCCAUUAAGGCGAAGGCUCUGGAAAUUGAGACGGUACAUUACAGACAGGACUGUGAGACGUUUCGCACGGUGGUGAAUAUGCUGGUGGAAAAAGAGCCCAGCUUGGAUAAAAUGCUGCAAGCGCCACUAGACAAAAACCUGCUGGAGAUCAAACAGCGUUGCCUAGAUGCUCUUAGGAACUUUGUGAAGGAGCUGGAUGAAGUAAUAGAGCAGCCGGACACCAAAGCGUAAGCCGCACAUCACUAAAACAAAGAGGAGAUAGAAUAGAGUUUCAACACUUUCCACUUGAAAAAAGUGGAAAAAUGUUCCAUGUGCAAAGUUUAUCUAAAGUGUUUAACUAUUUUAUAUUUUUACUGUGUUCUUUAAAGAACAGUACUGGCAAUUUAUUUACACAAAACACUCAUGUACAGUAUUAUGUGCAAACAGGAUCAUUGUGAUAGAAAGGGGUAUGUUUAAAACUAGACUGAAUGACUGAAAUGCCUAUUGCAUUUUGGGUCAAAAUCAAGUUUGUGAACUGACAUAUAACUUAGUGCUUUUUUUUUUUUUACCAUGAAUUGUGUUGUCAGAAACAUAAAAUGUUAUUGCAUUUAUAAUUGAUGUAAAGCUAAACAUGUCAUCAUUUACACCAGCUAGAAGCUUGGUUAACAUUACUGCUAAAAUCUUCUGAUAAGGAAAUUUAAAAAAAAUAAGAAAUCAUGAAAUGUAGCAGAUAGAAUGGUUUUUACCUUUAGCUAUGGCUACAAGUGCAGCUAAGACCAACACAAAAACAAGCAUUAUCCACCAGUUAUCAAAGGGUCCAAGUUCAUGAUGUGUUUUACUGGUGCAGGA